AUGAAGAAGACACUUGUUACUCUGGUGUUUCUGUGCCUCUGGACUAAUACUGGCUCUUACACUGCUCCACCAGGUUCAAAGUGUGGAGUUCCUGGCGUGUGGAGCCCCCUGGUCCAUGCUCUGAGGGUGGUUGGUGGAGCUGAAGCCACACACGGAUCACACCCAUGGCUGGUCUCUCUCAGAAAACAAAGCUAUCAUUUCUGUGGAGGAGCCAUUUUGAGCCCCCGCUGGGUGAUGACCGCGGCACACUGCUUUUCAUCAGCCUCAAGGGAGGCCCUCAGAGGUGUGAGGGCGGUGAUUGGGGAUUUUGACCAACAUGUAAUCGAUGAAGAGGAGCAGGUUUUCACCAUCAAGAACAUCACAGUUCAUGAGAAGUACCAUCCCACUCUCCCUAUGAACUAUGACCUCGCUCUGUUGGAACUAAAUGAGCCCAUUUGUUUAGGGAAGCUGGUGCAGCCUGUAUGCCUUCCUCUUUUUGAUGACCACACUCAACCUGAUGCUAAAUGCGUUGUGGCCGGGUGGGGAAAAACCAAAGAAAGGGGACAUCUUUCUAGAACUCUUCGUGAGGUCCAGUUAAACUUAGUAGACCCAGCUAAGUGUAAACAUGUUCUCCAGACUUUGAAAAGUGCCAUACUGUCCCCACAGAGGCUCCACAGACCCCCACCAGCUCUGACUGUUCUGUGUGCAGGUCCAGAGACAGGAGGUAAAGACGCCUGUCAGGGGGACUCUGGCGGACCUCUGGUAUGUCCGGUGGGCUCGGCCGGCGGUCACUGGGUAGCUCUGGGUGUAACUUCCUGGGGCAAAGGCUGUGGGCGGAGCUGGGAAUUUAACUCCAGUCGCCCCCCUUCGCAAAGAGGCUCUCCUGGGGUUUUCACUGAUGUCAAACUGAUGCUACCCUGGAUAAAGCUAACACUACGACAGGGUCAGUGGUGGAUGAAUCAUUUUUCAUCUAUUUUUCAUGCAUGCCUGUUUGAUGUGAGCAGUGCUCUGUGUGUGCCAGGACUGUGCACUGUGCAGGAUGGCUCUGUGAUUGACACGGAGGGGGUCAUCAGAAACCCCGCCUCCCAACACCGUUACUAUGACAACAAUGAACUGUGUGUAUGGAGGAUCAGUGCCCCUCAUGGGUCCAGCAUUUUAUUGGAGAUUAAACAUUUGGAUUUGGAGAAUGACUCAUAUUGUCUCUAUGAUCGACUUACUCUGUCUGUCGGACCUCAAAAACCUGUUGGUGUAUUUUGUGGAAAUGUCUAUCCUAGCCAAUUAUUCCUUGUUAAUUCCCAUCAUGCAACAGUGCUUUUCUCCUCUGAUGUGAGCAUAGUGGGAACAGGAUUUGCCAUGAAGUACCGUGCUGUUCAGAGAUUCACUGAUCCUGGAUGUGGCACAGUUGUUUUGGUGCAGAAUGAGACGAACAUCCACAGCCCUGGAUUCCCACAACACUACACGAACAACUGCAUGUUCAGAUGGGUGGUCUAUGCAACACAGGGCCACAUCAUUAAGCUGAGAUUAACAGAUUUUGAGUUGGAGGAGUCCAGCAGAUGUCUGUAUGAUUCCCUGGUUGUCUACGGCGACGUGGAGGGAACAGAUGAGAUAGCUGUGCUUUGUGGGACCAGUCUUCCUCCUCCUGUCAUCUCCUACCACAGUGUUAUGGUCCUUCAGUUUACAUCAGACAACAGUGUGACUCACAGAGGCUUCAGUGCCAGUAUAGAGUUCAUCCACCAAUCAGAGUCUGGUCAAAGGAGAGUGGACCAUGAAUCAGAGGAUCUACAGCAGAGCUCAGAGCCUUCUGUGCAAAUGAGGCUGGGCUCGGACUUUCCAUACGAAUCCUCUGGGACUGAGUGA